UUCUUAAUCGUUGUCAGGACAACGCAUCAUAAUGGCUGCCAUUGAAAUAUUUUCAAGUUCUAUUGAUUAUAAAUAUAAAAGUAAAAUAUGUUCUUUAAGUUUUCUCAUUGUAUUAUUACUCAUAAUUUUAUCAUUAAUCACACCAUUUUUUAUUAUUUAUAAUACAGGAGGUUUCUUGUUGAAGAAUCGUGUACUCAUGGAAAAACCUGAUGUGUUUUUUAAUUAUAAAUAUUUAUUAUUAGCAAAUAGAGAUUUUAACACAAAUCCUAUAGUCUGUUCAAGUUUUAAAAUGUAUAAGGAUAAUGAAAUUGAAGAUAAUUGUACAUUAAUAAAGGUUCGGGAAAUAGAUACAAAUAUUGAUGGUAAAAACGAUAUUUUAAAAUUUGAAGCUCAUUUUUAUACAAAUAAACCUAUAAAGUCUCUUAAACUUUUACUUUUCUUUAAUUUUCAAUUAAAGCAAUUAUUUGAUGCAACAAUAGAAUCUAUUGCAUUUUUUACUCAUGUAUUAAAUGAAGAAGUUCAAAAAAUACAGUUUUAUGGAGAUUUGGUAUUGCAACAAAAAGGUCUUCUUACUAGUGAAGGUUUAUAUGAAGUAUAUAAUCAUAGUUUGGAAAUUGCUGAUUAUUCUUUGAAUGAAAUACUUAUGCAAAAUUUUAACAAAAAAUCUAAAAUAAAUAAUAAAUAUAUAAGUGAACAAAUAGGUAAUGUAAAUGAAAAUAUAAUAGUUAUUCAAGGAGAAUUAUUUUAUAGAGAACAUUUAAUUUAUUAUCAGCCUAAUAUUCUGGAAGAAUUAAAAUGGAUAUGGGUGCAGUAUUUUUCUAGUUUUCUUGUUUUUGUUUAUAUAGCAAGACAUAUUUUAAUUUUUUUAUUUUCAAAUCGAUAUUUGAAUUGUUAUAUAAUAGUACCAUGGAAAAAAUAAAUAAUAUACAUAUGUGUCAAUACUGGAAAAAUCAUGUCCACAAGAUCGAAAGAGAAAGUGGUGGCUGCUUUCCGAAAAUUUUUUCGAUCUUCAGAGAAGAUUUCGGAACAAGAUGGAGCAAGUAGUUCGACGAGUUCACCAUCGAGAAGGCUUCUAAGUCGGCAUCGUCCGGAUGCAGUCACUCCAACUGAUGGUGCAUUGUCGGAUAAUCCGGGUGUUAGCAAUUCCAAUCAUGGGAGUUGUUUCUUCAAAUCGAAAAAAACCACUAAUAAUUCUACGCAGGUCAUGGCGAUGCCGGAUAAAAGAGUUCGUCUACGUCGUUUAAUGAAGGAACUUAGCGAGAUUCAAAGAAUGCAGCAUCGACUCGAAUCGACUUUUACUGCAGAAUUGGUAAAUGACAAUUUAUUCGAAUGGCAUGUGAGACUACACAAGAUUGAUCCGGAAAGUGAACUGGCUGCAGAUAUGAGAGAGCUCAAUAUACCUUAUAUACUUCUCCACGUGGUAUUUCCGGAGAAUUUUCCAUUCGCGCCACCUUUUAUGCGUGUUAUUUCGCCAAGAAUUGAAAAAGGAUUCGUGAUGGAAGGAGGUGCAAUUUGUAUGGAACUUCUUACACCUAGAGGCUGGGCUAGUGCAUAUACUAUUGAAGCUGUAAUUACGCAAUUUGCAGCUAGUAUUGUUAAAGGCCAGGGUCGUGUAGCGAGAAAACCAAAAACGAACAAAGAAUUUAACAGACGUUCCGCAGAAGAAUCUUUCAGAAGUUUAGUAAAAACGCACGAGAAAUAUGGUUGGGUCACACCGCCGCUUGCAGAAGGUUGAUCCAUCAGAUUUGAAAAACAAAAGACUUCGUUGUAUUUAAAAAAAGUAUACAUAUAUAGGUUAUAAAUGUGACUUUCGAGUCGGUAUCAUUAUAUUCUUUUUCCGUUCGGUAAUAAUAUAAUUAUACUAUAAUAGCAUUAAAUAAUGCCUUUAUAAAUGCAAUAUUUGGGAAAGGAAUAAUGGACGAUAGUAAAAUAUUUAAGAAAUUUUUAGAAUUUUUGACUUGGUUAAAACGAUGAAGUUCACUUAUAAAAAACGUUAAUCAAUCUUAUUUUUCAAGUUUAUAAUGAGUAAAAUUUAUUGUAAAUCUAUCGUGACAUUUGUAUAAACAAAAAUCAUAUUAUAAAGAUACAUAUUUUAUAAUUCUCAUAUAGUUAUUCAAAAGUAUUUCGAUACUUUUAUGAACAAAUUACGAAAAAAUGUCUUUCAUCUAUAAAUUUGAUUUUAUUUUAUUAAAAUAUAAGAGUAAGAAUUAAUGCUAUAAACAAAUUGAGCUUAUAUUACGAUAAUCGAGGAAUUUACGUUGCCAAAUUAUACGAAUUACAAUAAACAUAACAAUAAAAUUAAAGUAAUUUUAAUAAACGUAAAUGAUACAAAAUUUAAUAAAAUAAUGUAUAUUUAUAAUAAUUGUAUUUAUAAAACGGAGGAAGGAAAAUGUAGUCUUUCAAUUCAGUAUUUCUUUAUUUGAACUUCCAUCAAUUGGGUAUUAUGAUGCCACAAAUACAUGCAUAAAUUUUUAUAUUGCGACGAUAUAAUAUUUAAUUAAUAUUUAAUGGUUAAUAUUAAAAAAAAAUGUAGAUUUAAGUUUUGUUUUUACUAUACAGUCAAUUUAGGAUAGAACAAUGUAAUAUAAUUUCUAAUAUACUGAAAUUAAAAUUAUUCCAUCAUAUACAGACACAUAUAAGUAAAAUUCUAUACUAAUUAAAUCAAUGCAUUGAUUGUAUAUUGAUAUUGUUCUAUUUACUUGAUAUGUUGUAUUAUUAUUUAAUUUAAAAUAUUAUUAAUUAAUAAUAUUAUUUAUUUAGUAUUAGUAAGUAAAAAUUAAAUAAAUAAAAAAUUUAUUAUAUUAA